CAACUCAAGCACCAGCAAGCAACAGUCACCGCACACAAUGAUUAAACGGUGCAUUUGACUCGCGCAAGAAAUUGUGAAAAAAAAGUUAAUAUUUUGUGCUGUCCCCAACAAAUGAAACGAAUUUUAUGAUCCAGUACGGUGUUUUUGUUUCUUUUCAUCCACUCAUAGUGACUGUACACAUUUGCCGAACAUUCUGUUAGCCCAUAACCUUCAAAAUGAAUCGCGAUGAAUUGCUUCAGAAAUAUCGGAAAAAUAACAUUGAAAUGGCGGUUGCACUCAAUGAGAGAAAAAUAACGAUAAACGAAUUAACCGGAGAUGUGCUACGAUUGGAAGACAAUCUACAACAUGCGCACAAAAUACGAGCAAAGUUGGAAUUCGAAUCGGAAGCACGGCGACGUGAAAAUGAGCUACUGAAAAUGCAAUUGAUUGAUCAGAAUCACAAAAUGGUAACGUGGCGUGCAAUGAUUAUGGACCUAUUCAAGAGCACCACAGGUAAAUACAUGGAGAUAUUGCAAGCCAUUGGUGUACCACUCACUCCAAAAGCGCCGCCACCGGCAUCAUCGGUUCAGGAACCAAAGAGCAUAGAUAAGUGCAAUGCAAAUGCUAAAUUGGUCAAGAUUUCGCCGUCUUCAGACCGACCAGCAGCUGAUGAUUUAGCCGAUUUUGUUGGUCAUCGACCCGAUCAUCAGUCAUCCGACGCAAACGGUCGACCGUUAGCACCAGACCAAGGCGGAGAAGGAAAAGAUUUAAUUCGAUUUUCCAAAUCACCCCAAAUUCGAAUGGUCAAAAUCGAAAGCUCAUCGGAUGCUUUGGCAAAUGUGACUGUAAGACGACCAACCAAAUCGCUGCCGAUCGAUAAGAGUCGACAUGAAAAUGAAAGUCAGCUGGAAACUGAAAAACCUGAAAAUCAAGUGCAAACUGAAGAUCCAGAUCUAAUCAGCCAGAUCAACGAAUCAUUGCAGCUGUUGGACGAAUUAUCUCAUCCGAACCACUUGUAUCCAGACACGGAAAUCAUCAGAAGCGAUACAGAUACGACUUUUUCGGACGAUUCCAUCACGGAAUCAUUUUCCUCGAUGAAAAUAUCGAAAAUUUCAGGCAGACAAGAGCAACAAUCAAGUGAUGAAUCGAAAAAGGGAACAAUCAAACCGGGAGUGAUUGUCGAAAAUGUUGAGAAAGAAAAGGCAUCGUCAUCAUCAUCGAUUGGUCCAGUAACACCGAGUAUUCUAAUCAGUGCAAGUCCAAAUGUUGCCCAGCCAAUCAAACGAAAAUCCGAUGAGAAUUUCUUGAGAGUUCCGAAGAAAUCGUCGUCAAUGAGCAAGAAUUCGCAGCCAAGUUCACCAAAGAAAUCGAAGCCAUCACAGGUGAAUGCAUUUAAUGAGAAAUCACCGCAUCUGUCAUUGAGCUUUCGGAGUGCGGUUUCACCAUCAGCCGAUAAGAGCUUGUCGACGACUUUGACGCAAAUUAUCGAAAAAUCACCAGCGAAAACCCCGAUGAAAAGUACAUUCAAUAGCAAGAAUAUGGUGUCCAGCGGCACUCAAAUGGUCAAGAGUCCGAACAAUCUGUUCAAACCAAAGAGUCAAGAGACUCCUAUCAAACCCAGAUCCAAGGAAAAGAAACCGAAAGAUAUUGCUGCUGUUUCCGGUAAGCAUCCAUUGCAUAACAAAUUCGCUGAUUUUGAACACGAUACCGACGAAAAUGACUUGAUUGGCCCAAACGGACGUCGGGUACGUCGUGCUGCACCUACAGAUCUCAGAGAGCCAUCGCUUAUUCUGAAAAUGCGGCGUGCACGCUAAAUUCCAAACGAUUAAACUGAUAACAUUAAAUUGAUCAAUUCAAUAACAGCAAGAACUUUAGAAACAAAAGAUAAUUUGAUGCCGGAAAUUCGAGUAAAUUAGUCAUUUAGCAAUAGAUACAUUCCAUUUCACCCUACCAUUACCAUUAAAUCAUAAAUAAAUACGUUGUUUGUUAAUAGAA